UUCUUUACAGCAACAAGCCAGACCAGUUCAAGCAAUGGAAAACUCAUACAUAAUAGCAAUAGACUUUGGAACUGCAUACAGUGGGUAUGUCUUCAAUAUCACACCCAGUGAUGAAAAGCCAGACCCCCACUUAAAGAUGUGGGGAAAAGAAAUUGGACUGGACACUCCAAAGACUCCAACCUGCAUCUUGUUUGAUGAAUCUGAAGAAUUUGUGGCUUUUGGUUAUCAGGCCACAGAAACAUACAACUGCAUGGGAGGGGAAAAUGGAAAGAAACACUAUUUCUUUCAAAAUUUUAAGAUGGCUCUCUAUGGAAAAGAACUUAGAAGGGAUAUGAAGAUCAAAGCAGCCAAUGGGAAGGAAAUGACGGCCCUGAAGGUUUUUACAGAGGCUUUGAGAUUUCUGAAGGACGACGCAUUAAAAACCAUUAAUUCCAAUGCAGCAGGUAUGGUACUCUUGGCUUCUGAUUUCACCUGGGUCCUGACCGUUCCUGCCAUCUGGGAUCAGUCAGCAAAACAGUUCAUGAGAGAAGCUGCAAUGGAGGCAGGUAUUGUAACAGAAGGAGAUAAGGAAAAGCUAUUGAUGGCACUGGAACCAGAAGCAGCUUCAAUCUGGAGUAAGAAGCUUCCAUCAGAUGGUUUCAUCUCUGAGAAGCACAAUGAAGAGUCACUGGAUCAGUCUCCAGGGACUCAGUACAUCGUUGUUGACUGUGGAGGAGGAACUAUUGACAUCACUGUUCAUGAAGUCCUGGGUGGAGGAGCCCUGAAGGAGCUGCACAAGGUCUCUGGAAAUUAUCUGGGAGGACAAACUGUAGACAGAAAAUUUAAGCAGUUUCUCAGAGAGAUACUUCCUGAAGGAGUCUGGGAUCAAUUUGAACAAAACUCUCCCAGUGCCGCUCAGAGAAUUAUGUAUGAUUUUACCUACCUCAAACAGUCUGAAAAAGAUGUUCAGAUCACUUGCCCAUUCGCACUGGGGUCAUUAGCUAAAGAAAAAUCAGACACAGAAAACUUUGUUCAGUCAGAACUUGGUGCUUCCUGGGAUGGUGAUUUUAUCAAAAUCUCAAGAGACAAAAUGAAGUCUUUCUAUGAUGAAAGUCUGAAGGGCAUCACUGAGAAUCUCAAGGAAAUCUUUAACUGUGGUCUCAACAUCAAGUACAUUCUGUUAGUGGGUGGGUACGCUCAGAGUCAAAUACUGCAGCAGCACAUUACUGACCAGUUUGGACAACAGUGUAAAGUUCUGUGUCCUUUCAGAGCUCAGGAGGCGAUUAUGAGAGGAGCUGUAGAGUUUGGUAGAAACCCAGAUGUUGUGGCUUCUCGGAAAAGUUCCUAUACUUAUGGAUUUGCUGUUUGUGAAAAGUUUGAUGAGAGCAAACAUAAGGAAGAAAAGAAAUUUACAAGCAAAGGUGUGGUAUGGAGUCGAGAUAUUUUCAGGAAACUGGUGGAAGAAGGUGAAGAUCUUGGUUCAGAGGGUACCAGAGAGUUCUUGUGUCGUCCAGUAAAGGCAGACCAGGAAGAGAUGAAACUGAGAUUCUUCCACUCAUUAAGAAAAGAUCCAGUGUAUGUAGAUGACUGGGGAGUGGAAGAGGUUGGUUCAUUCAUUGUAGACAUGACUGGAGGCGGUAAAGUCAAACUGGAAAUUGACUUUGGCUCCACAGAGAUAACAGCUACAGGGACAAACCAGAUUAGUGGGGAAACACAAACAGUAAAAAUUGACUUCAUGACCACAGACAGAGAAUGUGUCAUUGAUGGUGACCCAGAAGAUGCUGCCAGUGUUGGAACAGAGCAAUCAGAUGCUGCCAGUGUUGGAUCAAAAACUCCAAAAUAUGUAGAGGGCACUGAUUAAAACACUCUGAGCCAUA